CCACCCACCUUCUCCCCGUGAUGGCGGAGGACAGCGAGUCUGCCGCCAGUCAGCAAAGCCUCGAGCUGGACGACCAGGACACCUGCGGCAUCGACGGCGACAAUGAGGAGGAGACGGAGCACUCCAAAGGAAGUCCAGGAGGAGAAUUGGGAGCUAAAAAGAAGAAAAAGAAGCAGAAACGAAAAAAGGAGAAAACAAAUUCUGGAGGUACCAAAUCAGAUUCUGCUUCGGACUCCCAGGAGAUUAAAAAUCAGCAACCUUCAAAAAAUCCAGCCAUUCCAAUGCAGAAGCUGCAAGACAUUCAAAGAGCUAUGGAGUUGCUCUCAGCCUGUCAAGGCCCAGCCAAGAAUAUUGAUGAAGCGACCAAACGUAAAUACCAGUUUUGGGACACACAGCCUGUACCCAAGCUUAGUGAAGUUAUAACAUCGCAUGGUGCUAUUGAACCAGAUAAGGAUAACAUACGCAUAGAGCCGUAUUCUUUACCGCAGGGUUUUACUUGGGACACGUUGGAUCUGAGCAAUGCUGAAAUUUUAAAGGAGUUGUACAUGCUGCUAAAUGAAAAUUAUGUUGAAGAUGAUGAUAACAUGUUUAGAUUUGACUAUUCACCAGAAUUCCUUUUGUGGGCCCUUAGACCGCCAGGUUGGCUUCCGCAGUGGCACUGUGGCGUCAGGGUAUCAUCCAAUAGGAAAUUGGUGGGGUUCAUCAGUGCCAUUCCGGCACACAUUCGGAUUUAUGAUAGUGAGAAGAAAAUGGUAGAAAUUAACUUUCUGUGUGUCCAUAAAAAACUACGAUCAAAGCGAGUAGCACCAGUCCUGAUUCGUGAAAUAACCAGAAGAGUAAACUUGGAAGGAAUUUUUCAGGCUGUUUACACUGCAGGAGUUGUCCUUCCCAAACCUGUAGCAACUUGCAGAUACUGGCAUCGAUCGCUGAACCCCAGAAAAUUGGUAGAAGUGAAAUUUUCUCACUUGAGCAGAAAUAUGACAUUACAGAGAACAAUGAAGCUGUACAGACUUCCUGAUGCCACAAAAACCUCAGGCUUGAGACCUAUGGAACGAAAAGAUAUCAAAGCAGUGCAAGAGUUGGUUAACAGUUACUUGAAGCAGUUCAAUCUUGCUCCUGUCAUGGACGAAGAAGAAGUGUCUCACUGGUUCCUGCCUCAGGAUCAUAUUAUUGACACCUUUGUGGUAGAGAAUUCAAAUGGUGUUUUAACUGACUUUCUGAGUUUCUAUACAUUACCUUCAACAGUCAUGCACCACCCUGCUCAUAAAAGCCUCAAAGCAGCCUAUUCCUUCUAUAAUGUUCACACAGAAACCCCUCUCUUGGAUCUAAUGAAUGAUGCACUCAUUAUAGCAAAGAUGAAAGGAUUCGAUGUAUUUAAUGCACUGGACUUGAUGGAAAACAAAACAUUCCUGGAAAAACUGAAAUUUGGUAUUGGUGAUGGCAAUCUGCAGUAUUAUUUGUAUAACUGGAGAUGUCCUGGCAUGGAUUCUGAAAAGGUUGGUCUUGUAUUACAAUAAAGUGAAAGGACACUUAUAUUUAUAAUUCUUGGAAGUCAUCAUCUGGGCUGUUGGAUGCUCUUGGAUCCGUACAGUUCAAGAGGAGCCAAAGCACAAUGCCUGAUGAACUUAAAUCAAUCAGUCAAACCUUGGGGGAGGGAAGGCUACAAGAAGUGAAGAUUUCUGAGCCCAACUAGCCCUUCAACUCUGAAUAGGAACAAAAAUGCUUAUGAACCUUUUACUGUUUGUCAAUGAAAAAUAAAGCACAUUUGUUUAAUUUUAAAUGCUUAGCUCGCAUAUUGAUGCAAAGGGUACUUUUCUCUGUUUCCCUGCAUAAAAAUAAAAAAAGACUUUUUGUACAACAAAGAAGUUGCAGUGGUGGAAUAGAGUACAAAUACUUUACUGUAAUGUGACUGAACUGCUGCAUUUCUAUUUAUUAAGUGGUAGUGUAUGUUUAUCAAUGUAACGAAAUGAAGGAGCCGAUUCUGAAUAUUUCUGCUUAUUUUCAUGACGUGGAUGUCAUCAUCGUCAAGGAAAAAGCUUUGGGAAUAUGACUGGUAGGAAAACAUGCAGAUUUGGGAUAUCUUUGUAAUGUGGAGUGGAACAGACAUAUGCUGGUUGGAGUAGUACCUGUUUCUUCAUAAACAAUGCUGCCAAAUCAAUAAAAAUACAAAUUUGUAAUUUGAUCUUCAAUAGAUCAGUGACUUGAUUAUAGUACAGCACUGCUGAAUGCACAUGUUGAUAUCCUCACUGAGCUAUGGUAUUCUUUUCAUCUUACAGUUCUGAAAAAGAAAAUUUUACACUGUUUUUGAUCGUACAGUAACAGCAGCCUGUACAUGAAACUGAGAAUAUAUUAGUACUGUUAUGAAGAUGUGUUAAGAUGAAUGUGUUUUAAGGCUUUUGCAGAAUUGCACAUAUUCCUUUUGUCUACUUGUUUUUUUAAGAAAACAUUUUAAACUGAAAAAUAUGUUUGUAUAAAUAAGUAAAUUUGUUGCUAGUAGUAGCAAUAUAAUUCUGGGUUGGGGAAAGAGGUGGUUUCAUAGUACACAUUUGUAUAUGUCCUUGCAAAUGCAUUUUUGUUGGCAGAAAUAUGUGCCAAAAUGUCUUGGUUCAUAUCUUAUGGUAAACCUUAAUAUGGUUUGUUUGGCUUAGUGUGUCAUGUGAAUACAACCUACCAUAAUUUCUUUAACAAAUGAGUUUAGCAAAAUGCAUGAACCAGGUCAAGAUAUCUCCCUUUGGAUUAAUAGAGCUCAGUUUAGAAUAUGGUAAAGUGUUGCAUAUGCAACCACAUUUUCAUAUUUAUAUAUACCCUGUUUCCCCCAAAAUAAGACAUCCCUUGAUAAUAAGCCCAAUCGGGCUUUUGAGUGCAUCGCAAUAAAGCCAAGAGCUUAUUUCAGGGUUGAAAAAUAUAUAAGACAGGGUCUUAUUUUCGGGGAAACACGGUAGAAUUGUCAAGCUGUUUUCACACAUCACAGUAAGCCAUGUUUGUUGGAAAACUAUAGUUUGUAGACUAUAAAAUAUUCUUUUGGCCAAUUUUUGAGGCAUUCUUGUUUCGUUUGUUUAUUUUAAGCUUAGUUAUUUGCCUUUCUCCAACUGGCAUUUUCCCAAUGCAUCAGACUACAACUUCUAGAAUCUUCCCAUAAAUAAAAACAGUAGCCUCAUUUGAACAUAGUGCCAAGCCAUAAUGUCAUUGGUUUGGUUUUUGGCUGCAUAUGAUAUGUCAACCCUCAUAGUAAUGGCUUGACAUGCUAUGGGAACUGGCUAUCUAAAUUUUGAUAUUUCUUGAAUAAUUUUUGUUUUUCCACAUUUCAAAAUAAUAUCUUGAUCCCAUCACAUUUUUGAGAGGUGAAGAUGAGUUGUAGAUGUUUAAUAGUGACCUGAACAUCUUUUCAAGGUAGAUUCAUCAAGUACAAAGUUGCUGGAGGAAAAGUGUUAUCAAGAUUUGAUCCUAAUUUGUCAGUAGCCUUGGUAGACAGUAUAACAAGCAGUUUAACCAAAUACUAAAACCAUAUUUGUACAUUUCUAAGUGUGGAAAUUUUCAAAGAUAUUCCAAUAGCCUAGCUUAGAAUGAACAUGAAGUCAUGUAUUUUCGCUGCUCCUAAAUCAAAAACUGCUAAUUUGGUUGUUAAAUCUCAAGCUUUCCUAUUGUUAGGUAGCUAAUGAGGGAAGGGACUCUUUUACAUGUUUUCCCAAAAAGUGAUGUUGUAUACAAACCAGGAAUUAUAAUUUGAAAUGUUGCCAGAAACUCCAAAUAGCACUAAUCCUGGAUUUUGCAUUCAUUGCAAAAUUUGUGCUUAAAAGUAACUUACACCUUGUUAAUGGACACAAUUCUAUAUUUCCUAUUUCUCCUUCUAAUUUUCCUGUUUCUACAACCCGUUCUAUAGCAAUUUAAUGAAGUAAGUUUAUUCUGAACAAUAUUUUAAUUAUACAACCAGGACCAAUUUUAGUGCUUGGAUUUAAUAACAUAUUUAUCUGAAUAUGACAAUACUGUGUCCUCCUCUUAGAAAUCUGCUUUUCUGGACCAGUUCACCUCACAAGCUAUUAAUCCAAAAGCCUGAAGUCUCAAAUGCCUCUCUAUCUUAGUGCAGGGAACUGAUCUGAUAAGCUAAAGAAAGUAAUUUGUAUUAUUAAAAGCAAAAUGCAUCUAUGCUCAGUUCUGCAUGUCCUACUCGAUGAGAAUCACAACUAUUUAAGAAAAAAUAUUAAACAGAAAAAGGCUGUGUUCUCAAAUGUGCAAGUUGUUUUUAGUUACAGCCUCUUAACAGUUCUUGAAUUUUAUUGGCACCAAUGAAUGUUUCAAUAAAUGUAUCACUUUCAUACUA